AUGUCUCCAUGUACUUCAGCAAUAAUACAACUAACAUCUGCGAAAGUUGCAAAGGCUAAUCCACUGAAUGCAAAUGGAGGUUUUUUUUCAGGAAUUAAUUUCACAUUUUUAAUCUUUCCAUAUGAUUUAAAUAAAGCUUUUAUUUCUGUGGCUGCAACUCGAAGAGUGUUAUUUCAUCUUUUUGGAAUCGAUGCUCAAGAUGAGAAAGAUAGAUAUCAAUGUUAUUCGUGGGCAACGAGACCAAUAGACCCAUUGGCACUUCACUAUGCACAACAAGAUUGCCACUAUUUGAUUAGGAUACAUGAAAAAAUGAAGGAAGAAUUGGAUAAUGAUGCUUAUUAUGAUGUAUUACAAGAAAGUGAUGCACUAGCAUUACAGGUUACAAUUGUUUUAUUCCCAGCUAACACAGAUUUUUUUUUAUUAUGGACGAAUUCUAUUUGUAUAGUACCACAAAAGACGACGAUUAAAAAUGUAUCAACAUGAGUCGAUUUUAAGGAAUUAGUUCUUGUAGUAUGAAAACCAUUCAGCUUUUUGUUAUUUAAUGUUUAUCAAGUGUACUGCAAAUGUUUUAUAACUGCUCAUCAUAGAUCAUCGUGAUUGUAUGGAUGGUACAGAUGAAUAAUACAUUUUUGAUAUUGAAGAAUUACGAGAUGGCAUAUAUGAUUGUCCACACGGUGAUGAUGAAGAGAUGAAUUGUUCAAUAUACAUAUGAAACUGAAUAUUUUCUUCCUUAUAGUCAAUUAUUCGUGCGUGAUCUUAAUAUUCAAAUAGAUCUAGAUGCAAGUAAUUAUUGUCCUGAUACUCGUAAUGUAUCACAACAUGAUUAUCUAUUACCAACAGGUGAGAUGAGUGUGGAACAUUUAUAUUUGUAAGGUGCACGCCUUGCAGUUAAAAUUUUUUCUCGAAGUUUUAAACACCAUUCGAGAGAGAAUUGGACGGCGAUCCCGAAUAUGUGUUCCCCGCUUCCCCAAACCCUUUCCUCACUGAACUAUGCUCAAAAUACUGGGACCGUGUCAAAAACCCAAAAAUCGGUUUUGAGUUUCGAGCUUUGAGAUUAAGCUUCUCGGAUUCAGAAUUGAAAACUGAAUCUAGAAAACUUACUCUCAAAGCCAUAGAACGAAAAUGGAUUUUCCCCAAGGCCCGAAACCGAUACAGCUCAAACCCGACAUCCUCACCGCAAAGUUUUCACAGGUUUUUCUGGAGAUCGAACCGAUAUACACAUGGCCAGAUUCGCCUUUCGACAAGGAACAAAGUUAUAUGCUCAGCUUUUAUUUCCUCAGAAAAAUUAUUUUUUCUAAAUCAGAGGCGAAAAAGUCGGAAUCCGGCCCAUAAUUCCCAAUUUUCUCCAUCCGAACUCAACUUUUAAGCGAUAAAAAUAUCAUAUUCGGGAUUUGGAUCAAAAACUGAGUCGACUUAUGUGUAUUUCUGGCCUAUCCGAUUACUUUAAUAUUUUUCGACUUUUCCCGUUGAAAAAUUACCGAAAUUUUAACCCAAAACUGAAAAUCAACUAAACAUUUCGAAUACACAUAAGUCUAAUCUACCAUUGUUCCCAAUCACUUGUCCGAGGGGUAUUUCGAGUACUCCAAGAUAUACUUUCGACGGACCCUUGUCAAGGGUCCGAUCGUUCAAACAAUGAGACUUCGUACCCUCGAUAUAAGUGUUCGAGGGGUUAUCGGUUUCGUGCCCUUGAGUUUCAAAUAGACAGAACAGAGAUGUUCGGGACCCAAGUAAACGAAAAGACUUCCGAGCCCCGAGCAUCCCUGUUCGACAGUUCGGAAUUUUUCUGGAGGGCUCACUCCCUAUCUGAAACGCGAGGGGUCGAAAUCUGCUAGCAACGGCUAUUGGCACCACUAACGAGGAAAGGACACCACCUGGCAAAUCGCUUUUGAGCCGUGAGCUAGUGGACAAUAGGUAAUCAAGUAUGCUGAAUCCGAAUAUGGCAAUCAUUUGAGCCGCUAGCCCUAUUGAGACCCGGUUUUUAAAAAACCAGUUUUCUAGGCCAAACAAUUUUUUUUCCGAAAAUUUUUUUUUAACCUGUGCGGAUUAAAGAGCAUACCGCGAAACCUAUAAAAAACAUGUUUUAACAGUUUUCCGAGGGUUUUGGAAAGAUUUCUGGAGGGCAAAACUUUGCAUAGGGCAAAAUUUUGUAUUGUAUAGGGCAAAAUUACGUUCUUGGCCUUUUCAUACUUUUCAAUGAAAAAUCAACAAUAAAUAGGUAAUCGACGGUGGAGAUUCCGAAUAUAAUCAGCAGGUGCCAGAAAGGAAUAAGCAAAAGCUGGCAGUUUUGCUUUCGCGGAACGUUUCCCUUAAACUCUGAAGUGACCAGGUUCCUAUUUAAAGGUGUUCCUGCUGUAAAUCCUUUACGUCUAUUCGCUACAGCCAUCAUGAACGUUUCGAAUAUAGUAAAUCGCUUGAGUGAUUUAGUCCGUAAGAAUUUGGGUUUGACUUCGUCAUCUCCAACAUCUCAAAAAGAGUG